AUGCCAGGUCCGAUUAUAGUGCCAAGUCCUAUGAAGUCUUGUAUUCCCUUGUUGUGUUUAUGUUCGUCGGGUCCUGUGUCUCUGGAAUUGGAAAAGAGUUUAACAUAUGGUUUAUCCAUAGUGGAGUUGGAGCGAGCCGAUUUGACAGCUGCCGAGCAGAAACAAGUGGACCAAGUGCUUGCAUUACUGAGCACGGAGAGGGCAGCGAACAUACUGCUGGCAAGUGAAGGUGUAAGCGGUUCAGUAGGUAGGUUCACUCGGCUCGCCUGUUAG